AUGGAGGAGUUAAUCAGAGAACUGAAUGAUCCAAGCAAUCAAUCCGCUCCCGAACGCAUCAAUGAGAUCCAAAGACAAAUCCAACGGCUUCAACGAGAGAAGACUGCAUGGCAACUCGGGCUUGAUCUGCUGCAGAAUGAAGAUGCCACCCUCCGGUUUUACGGGGCGCUGACCUUGACCAUCAAGAUCAACGCAGAUUGGGACAACGAUGCUCUAGGCAAGGACGAGGGCAUGAGGAAUUACUUGAUCGAGGCGUUGGUCACCAACUACACGCGGCUUGUGGAUCUACCAGAUUCCAACUUUGUCCUUCGGAAACUGUCUUCGACCCUAACGGCUCUGUUCGUCAGAGCAGAUUCCGGCUGGAGAUAUCCGUUGCGACAGGUCCUGGCAUGUCUGCUCAGCAGGCAUUAUGUUGCGGCAGCGGAUUUACCAGAGAUGGGUCGCUUGCUGGACCACGCACAGAGCUGUGCCUACCAGCAGCUCAAAGGUGUGCUUAUGAUCGCUGCCAUCAUGGCCGAAGAUCUGAGCAGCCAUUCGCAGAGUUCUGUUGCUGAAAGCAAACUCAUGUCUCGCGCAGCUGCGAACUGUUCUGACGCAUGGCAGCUAUUUCGGUUCUGCCUUGCUCGUAUGACAGAGAAAGAACCCGCGGCGUCUAGUCAUCCUAAUGAGUUGUUUCAACUGCUCGUUCAAGCAACCCCUUAUUGGGCCAGCUUGCUGAAAUCCCAGGAAGCCACUGGCGACAGUCACGUUCCACAGCAAUCCGAACUUGUGGUCAAAGAGUGCAUUGGCAUCAUCAGCAAUUGGUUUGAGGAUGCUUCAUAUACUGCAUGUAUCCUUCAAAUGCUCAUUUCCUUACAACAGUCAACUCCGAAACUGCUUCGAGAGUCAUUACCAAACUUCCCGGCCAGUAUCACAGCUUCUAGGAAGGCAGAGGAGAUGGUGGACCGGCUGACGCAAGGAGACUUCGACUCUGAUGGGAUUCUAUACGUCGAUCUGCUGGAGACCAUCAUGAGCCAGCUGGACCUCACCAAGUCGGAUUUCCUUCAUACCGGUCUGUACGAUACCAUCAUCCGCACGUUGCAACGACUGCUCCGGUGCGAGGGUGUGGCGGUCAUCGAGGAUCCAGUGUGCCAGAUAGCUCUCGAGAAGAUCAGCGAGAUAGUAGAAGGCUCGUCCGACUGGGAGGAGGAUGAUCAGGCAAAGACCUUCGUCAAGGCUUUGGCUACUGAUGCAUGUCAGGCAUGUCUACACAAGAUCAAGCUUCCAACGGAACAGAUGUCAAACGACACCCAAGACUGGGACAUGGAUGAGCGACUGAAAUUCCAGGACUUCCGAUAUGAUGUGCAAGAUUUCUUGCAAUCGGCAUUCACGGUCCUCGGGUCCGGGCUGAUCGAAGAGAUUGUCGGUCUGAUCCUGUCACAGGGGCCCUCGACAGACUGGAGCACCUUCGAAGCAGCCACAUUCAGCCUUGCCGCGUUCUCCGACACCAUGUCGUCCGACCCAAAUACGUACGACGGAGUGAUCACAACCGUGCUCAGCAGCCAGCCUUGGACGUACCUGCUUCGAUCAGGCCCGGUUGUGCCGGACCGAGCACGGCAGACCGGGAUUCGAUUCAUCACGGAGAACGAGGGAUAUCUGCAACGGCAUCCAGACAGCUUGGUCAUGGUUCUGAACUUCCUUUUCUCAUCUCUACAUCUGCAGGCAUCUGCAUCUGCAGCGUCGCGGGCCAUCUACAGCCUCUGCGAUUCACACCGGUCGAUACUGAAAGAGGGGCUCCCACAAUUUAUGGGAUCUCUUGCCACAAUAGGCGACCUUGGCGAGGCUGAACGGCAUCGAAUCUAUGCUGCCGUUGCCGCGAUCAUCCAGGCUCUUCCGAGCGAUGAUGCCAAAAUGGAGCCGCUGUCCCAGCUGAUAGCGUCGGUCGCGCAGGCGUUGGCCGUGUUGGACGAGGGACGCUUGGACGGCGAGGAGCUGGUGAAAGGCUGCAUCGACAUCAUGCAGACCUUGGCUUGGAUCGGGAAAGGCCUACGCUCGCCUCAUGACCAGCCCGUGGAUCUCGAGGCGUCACACCCUCAAGGACAGGUGGACUUCUGGAUCAACGGCCCAGGCGCAGCCGUCCAGACAUCCAUACUCAGCCUGUAUGGGGCUACGCUGAAGAAAAUGCAGGCCCACGUCGACAGCGACUUCAUCGAGGCCUGCUGCGACUUCAUCAAAUCCGGGUUUCCUGAGGACCAUCCUGCCCCAUUCAAGUUUGCGGACUCGACCGCCCUCUCACUGAUCUCUGAACUGGUCCAUCUAGACAACCCGGCCAUUGACACCACAUUGGCUUGCGCGUCGAGCUUGUUGGCUUCCAUAGCUCCCGCCAGCGUCCCGGCUGCUGUCCGCAAGCUUGUAUACCUUGUGUGCGCAGGACUGCAACAAACUCUGUCAACGUUUCACGAGUCGCGCCAACUGCCAAAUACCAACUUCGCGUCGAGCUCGCUCGACUUCCUGGCUCGCUUGGUGGCCAAAUGGGGCGUGGUCUGGUUCGGGGUGGAGGACAGUGAAGGCACGGCCGCCGUGGCUUUCGAGUCGGGCCUUGUCGUCCUGGCCGACCCGGACACGCUGCCUCGGCGGUCGGCCGCGGCCUUCUUUGCAGCGUUUGCAGACUUCACUGUCCCGGACGCAUUGACUGCGUUUGACCCCGAGGUCCCCGUCCGAGUGGGCAAUCUGUUGCGCCAGUUCGGGCCUCGCAUCCUGUCACUGAUCCUACGCUUGCUGGGCGGCGAAUGUGCUCGAUCCGAGAUCGACAGCCUCACGGAGCCCUUGAAGAAGUUUGUCCAGAAACAACUCAUGCUGACCAAGACGGUACUUCGCGAGGUCGUCAAGCCGGAGUCUGGGGUCAUGAGCGAAAAGGCUCUUCAGGCUACGACGCUUGAGGAGAGAGAGAGAUUUCUAGCACAGAUCGAGGCCCUUCGAGGCGGGCGCAAAACGAACGACAUUGUGAAGGACUUCUGGAUCGCUUGUAGAGGAAGUGGGUUUGGAUACAUUGCUUGA